AGGAGGCGGAGCAGGGAGCCGGGAGCGGGCUGGCCCGCGCUCCUCCUGCUGGCCGGGGAUUUUCCAGCCUGGGCGCUGACGCCGCGGACCUCCCUGCGGCCGUCGCGGACCAUGGGCGACAAAGGGACCCGAGUGUUCAAGAAGGCCAGUCCGAAUGGAAAGCUCACCGUCUACCUGGGAAAGCGGGACUUUGUGGACCACAUCGACCUCGUGGACCCUGUGGAUGGUGUGGUCCUGGUGGAUCCUGAGUAUCUCAAGGAGCGGAGAGUCUAUGUGACGCUGACCUGCGCCUUCCGCUAUGGCCGGGAGGACCUGGAUGUCCUGGGCUUGACCUUUCGCAAGGACCUGUUUGUGGCCAACAUACAGUCCUUCCCACCAGCCCCCGAGGACAAGAAGCCCCUGACGCGGCUGCAGGAGCGCCUCAUCAAGAAGCUGGGCGAGCAUGCCUACCCUUUCACCUUUGAGAUCCCUCCAAACCUUCCAUGCUCUGUGACACUGCAGCCGGGGCCUGAAGACACGGGGAAGGCUUGCGGUGUGGACUAUGAAGUCAAAGCCUUCUGCGCGGAGAAUUUGGAGGAGAAGAUCCACAAGCGGAAUUCUGUGCGUCUGGUCAUCCGGAAGGUUCAGUAUGCCCCAGAGAGGCCUGGCCCCCAGCCCACAGCCGAGACCACCAGGCAGUUCCUCAUGUCGGACAAGCCCUUGCACCUAGAGGCCUCCCUGGAUAAGGAGAUCUAUUACCAUGGAGAACCCAUCAGCGUCAACGUCCACGUCACCAACAACACCAACAAGACGGUGAAGAAGAUCAAGAUCUCAGUGCGCCAGUAUGCAGACAUCUGCCUUUUCAACACAGCUCAGUACAAGUGCCCUGUUGCCAUGGAAGAGGCUGAUGACACUGUGGCACCCAGCUCGACGUUCUGCAAGGUCUACACACUGACCCCCUUCCUAGCCAAUAACCGAGAGAAGCGGGGCCUCGCCUUGGACGGGAAGCUCAAGCACGAAGACACGAACUUGGCCUCUAGCACCCUGUUGAGGGAAGGUGCCAACCGUGAGAUCCUGGGUAUCAUUGUUUCCUACAAAGUGAAAGUGAAGCUGGUGGUGUCUCGGGGCGGCCUGUUGGGAGAUCUUGCAUCCAGCGACGUGGCUGUGGAACUGCCCUUCACCCUAAUGCACCCCAAGCCCAAAGAGGAACCCCUGCAUCGGGAAGUUCCAGAGAACGAGACGCCAGUAGAUACCAAUCUCAUAGAACUUGACACAAAUGAUGACGACAUUGUAUUUGAGGACUUUGCUCGCCAGAGACUGAAAGGCAUGAAGGAUGACAAGGAGGAAGAGGAGGACGGUACUGGCUCUCCACAGCUCAACAACAGAUAGACGGGCCGGCCCUGCCUCCACGUGGCUCUGGUUCCCCUCUCAUGCACUCGGAUGCUUAUUCGUCUUCUUCCCGUUCUGGUCUCCUUUCCCCUUUGUUCUUCCAGUUUCUACCAGGGGGCCCCGUGGGCUUCCAGAUCACGGUGAUGAACCUCUGGCCUCAGGAUUGGCCCCACAUCACCGUGCCAACAGGACCACAGCGCACUGGCUCCACCCCAUCUCUGCCAUCUCCACUCCCCUCCUUUUCAUGCUGUCUCCCAGAAAAGCUGCCAGGGCUCUGGCCUUGGAAUUGGACUUGAGAUGGGGAGCAGACAGGGGAGGAUGGGGAAUGUGGGACACGGUGUGGUGGGCAUGAGGGCUUGGAGGGGUGGGGAUGAGGGCUCAAGACACGAGAGAAGAUGUCCACGGUCCCAGGUGGUUAACAAAGUUCUGGCAGCUAAAGAUGACCUCCUUCUGGCUGGGAGGGGCAGACCUGUGGACAAAUUCUCAAUGCCUUUUUGAAGUUCUGACCCACCAAAGACCUUCUGCCUUCACCCUCCUCCCCACCUGAUGUCCCUCUGUGUCUGAGAGUGAUGUUGGUGAAAGUUCGUAGACCCCAGGAGUAGAGAAAAACAACUGGACUGACUUUCUUACCAGCAGUUACCUAGACGGAGGCAAGCUGUGUGGACUCAUCCAAGUAUAUUUCAGUACUGUCAGGCUGUGACAUCUUAGCUACCUUGUAUUUCAAGUGCAUGGGCCUGUCUAGAGAUAUGCACAGAGAGAAAAGCAGAGGGAGGGAGGGGGUCUUCAGCAAGCACCAGCCCCCAGCAGAGUGAGCUGAAGCCCCUAAGGAGGGUUCCCAAAGGGGGGCGCUCAGAGAUGGGGGCAGGGGGCGGGGAGAGGAGAGUCUGCCUUAUGUCCCUUCCUUGUGGACUUCACAUGGUCAUGCAGGAAGUGAGGAUGGGGGUCCAGCGGGGGCCGAGGCCACUAAUACCCUCCCGCUUCCCCCUGCCAUUCUCCAGGGCUGGACUGACCCUACGGACUGGGAGAGAGUGCCUGAGGCCACCAUGCCACAGUCAAAGGGGGUCCUAUCUCAGAAGGUGGCAGCAUCCACUGAGAUAUCCUCACCCGAAGGGAAGGAGGCUGCUGGGUAGCAAAUAAGCCCCUUCUUUUCUUGGUGAGUUGAUGACCUCCAGUAGCUCCCAGUGUCAUGGGUACCCAGUACGCAUUAGCUGGUGUUGGGGUGAUUGAGACCUGGGGCAAUUCCUGGGGCAAGAAGCCAGACGGGAGAUGAGAUAGAAAGUGUUAGGAGUUAUCCUCUUUGCCUGGCCUUUGAGAAUAACUUACUGUGUGCCUUUGGGCAAGUUCCUUCCCCACUCUGGGCCUCAGUUUCUCACUUGGGAAAGCAAGGAGUUUGACCAGAUGAUCACAAUGGGCCUUCCUAGCUCUGGCCACCAAGAAUUUGUGAACAUUAGAGCUCCUGGUCUGGUGGGUGGAGCCAGAGCUGCUGAGUGGUCUCUCUGCCUCCAGAGGGGAUUUAUUGGACCUCAGAGGUGGCAGGGCCCUAUGGAGCACCAACUCCCCUCAACCCCACCCUGUGCCCAAGACUGGUAAGGGAUUGAUGUCAGGCUGUGGCCGUAGCUAGCAUGAGUUGCCCAAGGAGGGACAGAGCAUGUCUUUGCUGAGGCUUGGUUGAGGGGCUUGUGAUAGGGCUUGCAGUACCUCACAGCCCCCUGUGGGCACAGACACCCUGAGGUUUACCCAAGCAAAUAUAUUGAUUAGCAGGACAAGGGCUCUCUCCUCAGUUUCUGCUCCCUUCCAUCUCUCUCCCAUACUUGUCUGAAAAGGGAGACAAACAAAUCUUAUACAAGUGGCAUCUCAAUCCUUUCCAGUCCAGCACCUCCUGGGGCAGGCAGUGUGACUUAUUUCCCGUGGUGAAAUCACCUGUUUCACAAGCCUGGCAGUGUGACUUCUGUGUCUCAUGACCACUCAACCCAAGGGACCCCUCCCCAGACAAGAACCAAGUCAGCUGGGGGCAGUCGUACUACCCUGUCCAGUCUUGAGGGCCUAGUUGCGGGUCCCCCAGGCAUCCAGCACCUCCUAGAGCUUGCUGGGCAGGCUGCCGCAUCUGGGCAGGCUCAGAGCUGAUGAAAUGCUGGAGCAAUGCAUGGCAAACAUACGCCCUCCAGUGUCUUCUGAAACCUUUGGGGCUGACACAAGGUCCUUUAGUGUUUGGGAUGACCUCCCUCCUGCAGACCUCUUCCCCUAUCCCUAACUCAUGCAUGGAAAAGCUUUGUCAGGCUGGUUUCCCGAGCCUCCUCCACCUCAACAUCACGUUCACUGUUUUGGGUUUAGCCCAGUGUUAUUUAGCAAAUUUCUCCAGCUGCAGGGAAGGAUCAGGGCACUGUCUUUUUUUUUUUUUUUUUCCUCCUUGAGCCAGGACUGCACAAGGCAAUGGCCAAAUUUAGUUGAAUUCAGCCUACCAUCCUUUGCUGAUGACUUAGCUCUAUGCCAAGUACAGGAGACACAGAGAUGGGUCAGUCCCAGCCCCUAUCCUCAGGAAGCCCAUGGUCAGGGAAACGUUGUAGGGAGAAGUAAGAGGGGGCAGUUGCCUUCAGGGCUCCUGGUGGCUGCUGGUCCCUAUGGUGCCUUGAUGUGAAUUAGAAGACGGUGCCCUUUCCAGGUGGAUUCAGACCCACACUAGAAUGCACGGCUUUGGGAGUGACACACAGGUUGGAUUUUGGCACCCCUUGCCCCUUGGCCAGAUGCCCUGCUGCACGGCCAUAUGCUGCAGCCUCAAGGGACACACAGGCCAAAGUGUUUCCUUCAGCCUCUUCCUGGAGAGGAAGCCCCAGGUCAUGUUUCCAAGCUUCUGGUCAACUCCAGGCACCACCUCCCAGCCCCCAAACAUGGCCGAGCCAGUGCUUCUCUGCAGGGCCCCUUUCCUUUCUGGAGUCAGCCUGUCCAGGCGAGACCUUGAAGUGAAACUAGGGGUGGGGGAGCCUCACUAGGCCCCAGGCACCAGCCCACAGUACUGGCGGUUUCUGUGCCAAGCGUUUGGGGCCUGCACUGGCAAAGCCAUCCGUCACUGAGACUUUGCAGUGCGCCCUGUGGGUGGCGUGUGGACACCGGUCUGGGCAGGAAGGAAAAGCAUGCCCCGGUGAAAACCCACCGAGCAGAGGGCCAGCUGGACCUCCUCAGCAUUCCACCCAGGGGAAGAGUUCAGUCCCCAUGAAGAUAAGGACUGAGUUAUUUGGCUGCACCUCUCCUCAGCCUCAAAGCUCAGACCUGCUAGAGUGGGUUCACCUGGCUGUUGGUUCUGUGGGAGAGUUCCUGACAAGCUGCUUCCUACGUGGUGCAGUAAAAGGAACUCUGUCCUGGAAGUCCCCAGUGCCGCCUCUGAGUCCUGGCUGUCACCAACCACCUGGGGGGCUUGGGCAAGCUACUCAACCUCUGGGGCUCAGUUUCUCUAACUGUAAAAUGGGAUUGUAAUCCCUCCCCUGCCUAAUGCAGGAAUUGUUAUGAGGCCCAGAUGAGAUGAAAGUCAGCUGUCAGGGCUCUGUAAGUUGAAAAUGGCUGGACGUGUGUGGCCCUGCCACUGCAGGGAUGGCCCAAGGUCACACAGGAAGUUUGCUGCAGGAGGAGCCCUCCCCACCAGUCUUCAUUGCUUGCCCUGCUUCUCACUUAGGCAGAUGUCAACCAGAAUGAGAUACGGCCAAUUUGGCUUUGAUGACCCAGCUGAGAGGGAAAUUUAGACACGAUUCAGGAAUAUCAUGCCCAAAAAUAGUGGUUCCAGCAACCAGGACACAGAGGGAAGACAUGGAUAUUGUCAGUGAUUGGUGGAGGGGGACAUCUUGGACCCUCCUAGGCCUGGUGUCACUCACAUCUCCCAUCUCUCAGACCCCACAGAGGCCAAGGGGCCUUGGCUCUGACCCCAGGUUAAAGAGAGUCACCAGCCCCCAGGCUCAGGGAGCUGAAACCAUCCAUCCGCAGAAAUCUAAGGGCAAGGAGGAAUAGAAACUGCCUGUUCCUUCCCUUCAAAGUGUAAGGCCUCUUCCAGGAUCAGCUGGAGCCACCACAGCUUCUCAGUGACAUUGGGAGGGCUUCGGGCCCAGGGAAAACCCAAGCCUUUUGCCCUGAGAGCUGAGCCACAGCGGACACAGUGGCAUCAGCAUCCCAGAGCGGCAGCUUCUCUUCUGCCGGUCACUGGGGACUGGUUGCUCUCCACCCAUCCAGGAAGAAGGGGUUAGGUCCCAGUCUUACACUCUUACAGGGUUUCAUGGACAUAGGCCUAUGCCUGUUCUGAUAUAUAUAUUUUUUAAACUCAAAAGGACCAAAACAGACUCCUGAACCCUCAUCUGUACGGCCUGCAUUGGGCCUGGUGUUUCCUCCUGGCCCAGGCAGCUCCAUCACUUCUGCCAUUCCUCCUGGACUAAAGUGGCAGCAUCCCCACCUCUACCACUUCCCCACAGGGGCACUGCACAGCCGCUUCAAAGACAGGCCCUGUUGAAGGGGAAACAUCCUCCCCCUCAUCACACUCCCAACUCGUCACCCCAAAAGGGAAGUCAAAGCACAGGUCCGUGGGGCCUAUGGUUUGUAGACACUGAUACAGUGGUUUUCAAACCAGGUGCUGCGGAACCCCUGAUAUUCCACAGAGCUUUGUCAGGGGAUGCUAAGGUGGGAAGAUGGGAGUAGAGGCAAAGGAUAGGUUUCCAGCCCUCCUCCCAUUUCCACCUCCACCAGAACAACUCUGCUUUUAUUUGUCUUGCCUACUGAGAUUUCAUUUUCAGGCUUUCUUUGAAGAAAAACUUCAAACCACCAUCUCGAGGUUUGAUCUUAGACCAGCCAGCACAGGUUCUAUUCUUGCUGUUCAUGUUGGAAUGGCUCCAGCAUUCCAGUACAAAGUGUCUUUGUGUUGGAACUUGGGUCACAGACCCAGGCGCAAGCAUUUAUACACACACACACACACACAUACACAUGUACACGUACAUAGUUGAUGGCUUUUCUAGCCAACCCAUCCUGAAGCUCUGGCCAAGGUUUGAUUUGGACAGGGGCCUGGUGCUCAGUGGGGAUGGGUCUUGACCCUGAUAUUGGCCCAUGAAGCAUGGGGAGCUCUGGAGCAAGGAAACAGGCUCAAUUCCCCACCGAGGACUUGUGUCUGCACCCCUGUCUGGCACCCCACUUUCCUGGCCUAGGCCCAAGGGACAGCAGGAGAAGCAGUGUGAUGGAGAGAGAGGCUAGGGUUAAAUUCAUCUUUACACAGAGCCAGAUGGAUGGCAAUCUUGGCUCACAUAAAAAGACUCAGGGAGGAUUUUAUGACAAAAGUCCCUCCUUUGAGGGCAGGAUUCCCCCAGGAAUCCUGGACACUUUAGAAAGACCUGGACCAGCCCUUGGCACAAAACCCUGCCAGCCCUGUCCCCACCCCCACCCCCCAGGGAAUACUAGGUGAAAAUGUGAAGCUCCAGGCACAGCAAGCGCAUGACAUGGGUGUAUUACAUUCGGUCCGAGUGUGUCGUUAGUUUCCCUGUGUGUAAAAUGGGGCUAGUCCAGGCUCUUCCCACUUCACUGGGACAAUUGCAAGGGUCAUAGGAGAGGUGGGUAUGAUAGGUGGUCAUAUGAGGUGGUGAGUAUGAGAGGUGGGUGCCUCACAAACUCGGGGUAUGGUCCUGACCUGCAUGGCAGAUGAGCAGAGCACUUGGGAACGAGCAUAGGAAGUGCCAUCUUCCUGGGCAUCUCUGCUCAGUGUUAAGGUCUAGCCACAGACACUGUGGGACCUGCCUCUUCCUAUGGAAUGGGGGCCUGCAUGGGUUGUGUCCUGGGGCAGGAGUGAGGGAUGGCUGGGAAAAAUCUCCAGGUCUGUGGCCCUUGUGUUGAGUGAUUAUUUUGUGACACUCUUUCCUGGACCACCUGCCAGGUUUAUCUGUUAUACCUGUGGCAUUCUUAUUAUGUCAGACAAGUUAUUAUAGUUUAUUCAACUCUAACAAAUGAACAAAAGAACAAUAAAUAGGAGGAUAUUAAAGGUCUUUUGUGGCA